AAUACGGUCUAAUGCAUCCUCCAUUGGACGGUCACUUGCACUCCCUGGACUGUCGUGCUGUCAUUGAGGAACUGCUCAAGUGUCACAAGGAGAAUCCGUUGAGGAAGUACCUGGGGGUCUGUAACCAGCUCAAGAGAGACUUGAACAAGUGCCUCCAGGAGGAAUACUUGGAAAGAAGACAAAGGAACUGGGAGGAGUCUCAGAGGCUCAAGGAAGCAGCAAGGAAUAUAAAGUAAUGUCGGAGAGAAAAAUCCUUAACGAGAGUAUGGGAGUGGGUGUGUCAGUGGGUGGAGCUUCAUUAGAGAGUAUUGGUAUCCAGUUACAAAGCAGCAUGCUUCAGUUAAAAGGAUUGUACCUUUCACCUGAUGGCAGAGGAGUAGACUAUGGGAGAAUAAAAGAGAGUGAAGAAUUCAACAGAUACAGAGAAAUAGCAAAGACACUAACUACCGUUGACGUGAUGAAGGAGAGCAAUGAAGAGCAAAGAAAAGCAUUCUUUAUAAAUGUGUAUAAUUCAUUGACUAUUCAUGGAUUGGUUGAUGCUGAUGUGUUACCAUCCUCUGUACUGGAAAUGAAAGGAUUCUGGAGGAAUACCUGCUACAACAUUGGUGGCUAUAUAUUAUCACUUGAUGAUAUUGAACACGGCAUAUUAAGGUGCAACAGGCCACACCCCUCUGAUGAAACCACACCCCUUUUUUCAUCAACUGAUGAGCGUUUGAAAUUAUCUUUAAGCUCCUUUGACCCGAGACUCCACUUUGCUCUUGUUUGUGGAGCUAAAUCGUGUCCAGCUAUACAAGUAUAUUCUGCUAAUAAAUUGGAGCGGGCAUUAAAUGGAGCGACAAGAAAUUUCUGUUCGCAAGAAGUUGUAAUAGAUGUAGCAAAUAGAAAAGUUACUCUAUCAAAAUUGUUCUUGUGGUAUUUCAAAGAUUUUGGAUCAACAGUAGAGGAACUGUUGGCUUGGGUCAGUAAUUAUUUGGACGAUAAUAAAGAUAUUAAUUAUUUAUUGAAUGACGUCAGUAAUAUAAAUAUUGAAUACAAAGAUUAUGACUGGUUAAUUAAUAAACUUUAAUAAUUAUCAGUUAAGUGAUAGUGCUAUUAUUGUUAUAUUAAUGUAUUAUAAUUAUUAAUUAUUUUUUUUGUAAAAAAGCAUGAUCAAGCACUUCUUGAGCUGUUGGCCUUUGACCUGGGUCACUGCAUUAUUAUAAUAACAAUAUUAUUACUAAUGAUAA